GCGUUGUCCAGCUCCCCCUCACAGCCACCAUGACCUUCAACGGCAACUGGAAAAUUGAUCGCAAUGAUAACUAUGAGAAAUUCAUGGAAAAAAUGGGAAUCAACGUGGUGAAAAGGAAGCUGGCUGCUCACGACAACCUGAAGAUCACCAUCCAACAGGAUGGAAACAAGUUCGCUGUCAAGGAAACCAGCAAUUUCCGCAACCUGGAAAUAGACUUCACCCUGGGGGUUACCUUUGAGUACAGCCUUGCAGAUGGAACAGAACUAUCAGGCUCUUGGAACAUGGAGGGCGACAUGAUGAAGGGGAUCUUCAAUAGGAAGGACAACGGAAAGCAACUGACAACCACCCGAAUUGUCCAAGGAGAUGAGCUUAUACAGAGCUACAACUACGAAGGUGUGGACGCAAAGAGGAUUUUCAAGAAGGAUUAGACCGACUGAUUAACAAAAAUUUCAAAUGAAGACUUGACUUGAAGAUUACUUUCAGUAUUGUUUUGCAACUUACACCAACUCACACCAACAUAUCCUUCAAGAAAUGCACUGGCCUACUUGUACACAAGUAUAUGCAACAGAGGGUUUUGAUACAUUCAGGAAUAAAACCGUUCUUCGACUA